CUGUCUCCUGACCCACACGCAGCCGAGGGGGCUAGUAGGCCUCGUCGUCAUCUGCCAGGCCCGUAAUCUGCCAUGGGCCCCCGUACUGCCGCAUGCUACCUCAUGGGCUGCUGCCCCGUUAAUCUGUCAUGGGCCCCUGUACCGCCUCCUCAUGCUGCUGCCAGGUCCAGAGUGUCUCAUGGGUCCCUGUACGGCCUCCCAUUGCUGCUGUCUCCAUCGCCACACUCUGCCAUGUGCCAGUUUCAGGUCUCCUCACACUGCUGGUGGGUUCCAUUUUGU